GAAGAUAGCAAAGGGAGAGUGAAAAAGAGGAAGACAACCAAACAUUACUAAAGAAGGAAGUGCACAAACAUUUCGGCAGCAUCUUGAAAAGGAAGUUACGUGCUGCAAUAAAGAAGCUGUCUUCUUUGCAACACACCUUCGAGCGGCAGCAACCUAACAGCAACCAUGUCGAGCGCAGAGAAGUUCCUGUACGUGGACAAGAACUCCAUCAACAACCCUCUGGAGCAGGCCGACUGGGCGUCCAAGAAGCUGGUAUGGGUCCCCUCGGAGAAGACGGGCUUCGAAGCCGGCUCCGUCAAGGAGGAGAAGGGCGAGGAGUGCGUGGUGGAGCUGGCCGACUCGGGCAAGAAAAUCAUGGUCAAAAGGGACGACAUCCAGAAGAUGAACCCGCCCAAGUUCAACAAGGUGGAGGACAUGGCCGAGCUCACCUGCCUCAACGAGGCCUCGGUGCUGCACAACCUGAAGGAGCGAUACUACUCCGGACUCAUCUACACAUACUCAGGGCUUUUCUGUGUGGUGAUCAACCCAUACAAGCACUUCCCAAUCUACUCUGAGGAGAUAGUGGAGAUGUACAAGGGCAAGAAGAGGCACGAGAUGCCCCCUCACAUCUACGCCAUCACGGACACGGCCUACAGGAGCAUGAUGCAAGAUCGUGAGGACCAGUCUAUCCUUUGCACGGGCGAGUCAGGUGCUGGGAAGACGGAGAACACAAAGAAAGUCAUCCAGUAUCUGGCUCAUGUGGCGUCGUCAUUCAAGACCAAGAAAGACCCGAGCAGUAUGGUCCUGUCCCAUGGAGAACUUGAAAAGCAGCUUCUGCAGGCUAACCCUAUCCUGGAGGCCUUUGGCAAUGCCAAGACGGUCAAGAACGAUAACUCCUCCAGAUUUGGAAAGUUCAUUAGGAUCAACUUUGACGUGAACGGCUAUAUUGUUGGGGCCAACAUUGAAACUUACCUUCUGGAGAAAUCCCGAGCCAUUCGACAAGCCAAAGAAGAGAGGACGUUCCAUGUCUUCUACUAUCUGCUGUCUGGGGCUGGAGACAAAAUGCGCAGUGAGCUGUGUCUGGAAGACCACAGCAAGUAUCGCUUCCUGUCCAACGGCAACGUUACCAUACCUGGGGCGCAGGACAAGGACAUGUUUGUGGAGACCAUGGAGGCCUUCAAGAUCAUGAGUAUCCCUGAGGAGGAGCAGAUUGGACUGCUGAAGGUAGUGUCCUCUGUCCUUCAGCUGGGUAACAUGUCCUUCAAGAAGGAACGCCACUCUGACCAGGCCUCCAUGCCUGAUGAUACAGCUGCACAGAAGGUUUGCCACCUCCUGGGCAUCCAAGUGACGGACUUCACAAGCGCCGUCUUGUCGCCCCGUAUCAAGGUUGGCCGCGACUAUGUGAAGAAGGCCCAGACACAGGAGCAGGCAGAGUUUGCUAUUGAGGCCCUGGCCAAGGCCAUGUACGAGAGGAUGUUCCGCUGGCUCGUCAUGCGCAUCAACAAAGCCCUGGACAAGACGAAGCGCCAAGGGGCCUCCUUCAUUGGCAUUCUGGAUAUUGCUGGAUUUGAGAUCUUUGAGCUGAACUCCUUUGAGCAGCUCUGUAUCAACUUCACCAAUGAGAAGCUCCAGCAGCUGUUCAACCACACCAUGUUCAUCCUGGAGCAGGAGGAGUACCAGAGGGAGGGUAUUGAAUGGAGCUUCAUCGACUUCGGCCUGGACCUGCAGCCCUGCAUUGACCUCAUCGAAAGACCUUCCGGUCCUCCUGGCAUCUUGGCUCUGCUGGAUGAGGAGUGCUGGUUCCCCAAGGCCACAGACAAGUCGUUUGUGGAGAAGGUGUGCCAAGAGCUGGGUGACCACCCCAAGUUCCACAGGCCCAAGAAACUGAAGGACGACGCAGACUUCUGCAUUACCCACUAUGCCGGAAAGGUGGACUACAAAGCAAAUGAGUGGCUGACGAAGAACAUGGACCCCCUCAAUGACAAUGUGGUGUCUUUGCUUAACCAGUCUUCUGACAAGUUUGUGUCAGAUCUGUGGAGAGAUGUGGACCGCAUCGUUGGGCUGGAUAAGGUGGCUGGAAUGUCGGAUUCCAUGGUCGGAGGCUUUAAGACCCGUAAGGGAAUGUUCCGAACUGUGGGCCAACUUUACAAGGAACAGCUGGGGAACUUGAUGACAACCCUGAGGAACACCAACCCCAACUUUGUCCGUUGCAUCAUCCCUAACCACGAGAAGAAGGCUGGUAAACUGGAGGCCCAUCUGGUGCUGGAUCAGCUGAGGUGCAACGGUGUGCUGGAGGGCAUCCGUAUCUGCAGACAAGGCUUCCCCAACAGAAUCGUUUUUCAGGAGUUCAGACAGAGGUAUGAGAUCCUUACUCCCAGCGCAAUUCCCAAGGGCUUCAUGGAUGGCAAACAGGCGUGUGUACUCAUGAUCAAAGCUCUGGAGCUGGACCCUAACUUCUACCGGGUCGGCCAAAGCAAAGUGUUCUUCCGUGCCGGCGUCCUCGCCCACCUUGAAGAGGAGCGGGACAUCAAGAUCACUGAUGUCAUAAUGAGUUUCCAAGCCUGGUGCCGUGGAUACGUUGCUCGCAAGGCCUUCGCCAAGAGGCAGCAGCAGCUGACUGCCAUGAGGGUGAUCCAGAGGAACUGUGCUGCCUACCUCAAACUCAAGAACUGGCAGUGGUGGAGACUCUUCACAAAGGUGAAGCCCCUGCUCCAGGUGACCAGGCAAGAGGAGGAGAUGUUUGCCAAGGAGGAAGAGCUUGUGAAGGUGAAGGAGAUGCAGCUGCAGGCCGAGCAACAGCUAAAGGACUUCGAGACCAAACAAGAACAGCUUAUGACUGAAAAGAUGCAGCUCCAGGAGCAGUUGCAGGCCGAGAUGGAGCUGUGUGCCGAGGCGGAGGAGGUGCGGGGUCGCCUGAUGACUAGGCAGCAGGAGCUGGAGGAGAUCCUCCACGACCUGGAGUCCCGCGUGGAGGAGGAAGAGGAGCACGUCGCCCAGAUGCAGGCGGAGAAGAAGAAGAUGCAGCAGAACAUCACUGAGCUGGAACAGCAGCUGGAUGAGGAAGAGGCGGCCAGACAGAAGCUGCAGCUGGAGAAGGUUACCAUGGACGCCAAGAUGAAGAAGAUCGAGGAGGACGUCAUGGUGCUGGAUGAUCAAAACGGCAAGCUCAACAAGGAAAAGAAACAGUUGGAGGAAAGGAUUUCGGAGGUCACCACAAUCUUGGCUGAAGAGGAGGAGAAAUCCAAGAGUCUUCAAAAGCUCAAGAAUAAACACGAGGCCAUGCUAACAGACUUGGAAGACCGUUUGCGUAAGGAAGAGAAGCAGCGUCAGGAGUUGGAGAAGAACCGCCGCAAGCUGGAGGGCGAUGGAGCAGAGCUGCACGAUCAGAUCGCAGACCUGCAGGCUCAGAUCGCUGAACUCCGCGCCCAGCUGGCCAAGAAGGAGGAGGAGCUUCUGGCUGCUCUGGCCAGGAUUGAGGAGGAGGCUGCCCUGAAGAACACCGCCCAGAAGAAGGUCCGCGAGCUGGAGGCCCAGGUGUCUGAGCUGCAGGAGGACCUGGAGCUGGAGCGCAGUGCCCGCAGCAAAGCCGAGAAACACCGCCGCGACCUGGCAGAGGAGCUGGAGGCCCUCAAGACCGAGCUGGAGGACACGCUGGACACCACCGUGGCUCAGCAGGAGCUCAGAGCGAAGCGUGAGUCUGAAGUGAGCGAUCUGAAGAAGUCCAUUGAGGAGGAGGCCAAGAACCACGAGCAGAUGCUGGCCGACGUGCGCCAGAAGCACAACCAGGCCUUCGACGAGAUCAACGAGCAGCUGGAGCAGGCCAAGAGGAACAAGGCGUCGGUGGAGAAGACCAAACACGCGUUGGAAAGCGAGCGCAACGAGCUGCAGAUCGAGCUGAAGUCGCUGUCGGACAGCAAGAACGACUCGGAGCACCGACGUAAGAAGGCGGAGUCUCAGCUCCAGGAGAUCCAGAUCAAGCAUACGGAGAGUGAGCGGCAAAGGCAGGAGCUGGCCAGCAAAGUGGCCAAGAUGCAGGCUGAGUUGGAGAGUGUGAACAGCACGCUGACUGAGGUGGAGAGCAAGUCCAUUAAAGCUAAUAAGGACUGCUCUGCUGUGGAGUCCCAGCUUCAGGAUGUGCAGGCCCUCCUAGAUGAGGAGACGCGACAGAAGCUGUCCCUGUCCACCAAGCUGCGACAGGCGGAGGACGAGCAGAACAACCUGCGGGAGAUGCUGGAGGAGGAGGAGGAGGCCAAGAAGAACGUGGAGAAGCAACUGUACACCGCACAGUCUCAGCUUACUGAGAUGAAGAAGAAGGUGGAGCAGGAGUGCCAGUCGCUGGAGAGCGUGGAGGAGAGCAAGAAGCGUCUGCAGCGCGAGAUGGAGGCCCUCACGCAGCAGCUGGACGAGAAGAACUUGGCCAACGACAAGGUGGAGAAGACCAAGAACCGGCUGCAGCAGGAGCUGGACGACAUGAUGGUGGACCACGACCACCUGCGCCAGAUGGUGGCCAACCUGGAGAAGAAGCAGAGGAAGUUCGACCAGAUGCUGGCUGAAGAGAAAACCAUCUCCGCUAAGUACGCCGAGGAGCGCGACCGUGCCGAGGCGGAGGCUCGCGAGAAGGAGACGCGUGCCCUGACCGUAACCAAGGAGCUGGAGGCCAUGACCGACCAGAAGGACGAGCUGGAGCGGGCCAACAGGGCACUCAAGUCCGAAAACGAGGGCCUGGUGUCCUCUAAGGAUGAUGCCGGAAAGAGUGUCCAUGAGCUGGAGCGGUCCAAGAGGGCGAUGGAGCAGCAGCUGGAGGAGAUGAAGACGCAGGUGGAGGAGCUGGAGGACGAGUUGCAGCUCACCGAGGAUGCCAAGCUGCGCCUGGAGGUCAACAUGCAGGCCAUGAAGGCACAGUUUGACAGGGACCUGCUGGGCAGAGACGAGCAGGGCGAGGAGAAGAGGAAACAGCUGAUUAAGCAGGUUAGGGAGAUGGAACUGGAGCUGGAGGACGAACGCAAGCAGCGCUCUCAGGCUUUGGCCGCCCGCAAGAAGCUAGAGCUCGACCUUUCGGACUUGGAGGCUCAAAUCGACUUCGCCAACAAAGCUCGUGAUGAGGCCCAGAAACAACUCAGGAAACUGCAGGCUCUGAUGAAAGACCAGCUGCGAGAGUUCGAGGAGAUGCGCAUGUCCAGGGACGAGGCUCUCAAUGAGGCCAAGGAGAACGAGCGCAAGAUCAAGAGCAUGGAGGCUGAGAACAUCCAGUUCCAAGAGGAUCUUUCCUCAGCCGAGCGGGCGAAGAAACAGCUUCAGAACGAGAGGGACGAGCUGCAAGAUGAGGUCACCAGCCAGAAUAGCAAGAACUCUCUGCUGAGCGAUGAGAAGAGGAAGCUGGAGGCUCGCAUCGCGCAGCUGGAGGAGGAGCUGGAGGAAGAGCACUUCAACACGGAGCUGGUCAACGACCGCCUCAAGAAGGCCACUCUGCAGACCGACCAGCUGACCACGGAGCUGUCGUCGGAGCGCAGCAACAGCCAGAUGCUGGAGGGGUCCCGCUCGCAGCUGGACCGCCAGAACAAGGAGCUCAAGCUCAAGCUGCAGGAGAUGGAGGACACCGUCAAGUCCAAGUACAAGCACAGCAUCGCCGCCCUGGAGGCCAAGAUCGCACAGCUCGAGGAGCAGCUUGACAUUGAAAUCAGAGAGAGGCAAGGGGCCUCUAAGCAGGUGCGCCGCACGGAGAAGAGGCUAAAGGAGGCCAUCCUACAGGUGGACGACGAGAGACGCCAGACCGAGCAGUACAAAGACCAGGCCGACAAGCUUAAUGUGCGUAUGCGUCAGCUGAAGCGUUCGUUGGAGGAUGCUGAGGAGGAGUCCACCAGGGCCAACGCCUACCGCAGGAAACUGCAGAGAGAACUGGACGACGCCACAGAGUCUGCCGACGCCAUGAACCGGGAAGUGAGCUCCCUGAAGAGCAAACUCAGGCGUGGGGACUACUCCCUCAACGUUAGGAAGAUUGGCAGCCGCAUGGGUCUAGACAGCGACGAGGAAGGGGAUGUCAAGAGUGAACCUACCGAUGCUACACCCGAGUAAAAAAAAAAACCUGCUAGGGAGCGUGAGCAUCACCAACCCUCCUCACCACUGAGAUUUGGUCACAUUUUAAGAUUGCAUUUUCAGUGCGAUAGACCCAAUCCCACAGCCUUAUUCAAUUUUUUUAAACGUUGUCUUGAAGGUGAAACCAACUUUGUUGGCUUGCCAGUAAGCAAUGGAGUACAGCGUCAGACGUCAGUCAGCAAUAGCGUACACUGUAUGCAAAUAGCAACACAUGCACUCAAUAUGUUUUAUGGGGUGGAAAAAAGUCACAACUGCAAGUCAAAACGACUGCUCUAUGACUACUGUUAACAAUUUGAUUCACCCUUUUUCUAUUUUCAAAGUAUACUGUGUGUAUAUACAUAGAUUUUCCAACAUUCCAAUGCACAUUGUUUUCUUGGGGUACUACCACUUUUGCUCAUUCUACCUCUUGUUUUUAGAGGCUUAGACUUUAGGCUCAAAGACUUUCUAAAUUAGUGUUUACGAUAUCUUUAAUAACCAAAAUUAGCAACUUGCACACAGAAAUGGGUAAUUGUUACUGUUUAAAGUGGGAGUUGAUGUUUCAUGUAUGCCUUAAGCUUUUUUCCCCUCCGAGUUUAAGGAGCUCAGGUUCUUUUUUUGUUUUGCUUUUUUGUUUUUCUCACUUUUUUUCUGUUAAAUGCAAUUUGGUGAGUGGGAUGAUCACAUGUUUUUUGGUUGUGCAUUAUGUGUUUAAACACUGGCGCUUCAUUAGGCCGAAGGUUGUAUGCUGUAGGCCAGUGUAUUUCUAUUGUGCUGAAUGUCAAAACGGUUUUUAACAAGCAAAUAUAAUAAAUAUGAAUUCAUAUAAUCUCCUCAGUAUUAUGCUACCCUUCAUGCUAAGUUUGGCCCCUCGACAGUUUUCCCAUUUAUAUUUUUUGAGCUGGUGAAGUCGAGGGGUCAAGUUAUUAAAUGUGCAACAAAUAAUGAUAAUAAUAAACAAUUUGCAACUGAUAUAUUUUAGAUAUGAAAAAAGCAAUAUGUGACUUUGCUUAUUGUGGCCUAUGCAUUUUAUCUUUUGGUCCAUUCCAGUGUAUAUCUGCAUUUCAAUAAAUAAAAAUAUAUAAUGACGUAA